UGGCUAUGGCCGUUGUUUGUAGCGUCGUUGCCACGCCCGUUUCAAAGCUGCGCUUGCUCACCCAAAUCUCCGCCACCGCCGUACCCUUCUCCUUCUCCUCCCUCCCCUCGCCACUUUUGUAGUGUGUUUUCUUUCUUGCAUCGCACGCUGUGUAGGGUUUCCUUCUCUUGUUUCCAUCACUGCUUCAGCGAGAUGCGUAAUUUGAAUUUUUGAAUUUUUAUUUUCUGUGGGUUUUGGUGAUGGCAAGUGAGAAACGAGUGCCUCACUGUUUGUGUUUGUGUGUUCGAGUGGGAAUAAGCCGGUAGGUGGUGUGUCGAUAGUUCGUGGUUUGCGGUUUUUGAAAACUUUACCAUUUCCUGCCUCGGUUUCUCCAUCUACUUUAGCACCGGGGCUUAGUUCCUCGCUUUAAACUUUUUUUUGGUUUGGAGAUCGCCGUUUUUUUUUUUCUUCUUCUUCUUAUCUUUUUUCUUCAAGGUGCGGUGUUUUUAUUUUCUGUAAGGGUGGGUUUUGUUAUUUGUGUUUGUUGAGGUUUCUGUGGUUGCAAUGAUGUGUGAGAGCGUGUUUGUGGUUUUAGGGAUAGUGUCAGUUUGUUGAGUGCAUCGUUUAUACUUAUUCGAUCCAACUUCCUGCAAUUUUUUUUAAGACUCGCGGCCUUCGGUGGCAGCUCGUGCCAGCCGAUGAUUUAUUAAGAUGAAUUGAUUUGUUUUGUAUCAAUUCACGAUUCAUGCUUUGGGUAGAUUUUUAAGCGCUACGGCUUACGUUGAUUUUGUUUGAAAGUUUUCGGAGUCUCGUUUAGUGGUCUCACAUGAUUAGAAGAUGGUCGCCAUGAAGAACGCACUGUUAAUUUUGGUGCUUCUGAUCACCGCCUCGUUCAAUCGUCACGAUGUCUACUCUUCACCGGAUCCUCUGUCUCCAAGCGAGGUUGCAGUGGGGUCAGAAUUCGAUUACGUUAGUAAAGAGCCGAGGGUGGAGUUUCCUGUGGACGACGGUCGGACGAUGCAACUGCUGAAGCCAGGAACCAAUCAUGAUCAGCUUGAGCUUAAUCAGAUGGUCCUUGAAAAACUGGCUGCAAUAGAAGAGCCGUUAUCCUUCGUCUCCGUCGUUGGCCCUUACCACGGCGGAAAGUCGUUCCUCCUCAAUGUGCUGGUCAACUCCACUCAGGGAUUCUCUGUUGGUGCUGUACCCGACCCCGAGACACGGGGAAUAUGGAUACGAGUGGUGCCGAAGGAGAAAUUGGUUGGUAAAGAUGGUUCACGAGUUGUGUUGGUGGAUACCGAAGGCUUUUAUGGGGAGGGUGCUACUCGGUCAUACGAUGCCCGCAUCUUUGCCAUAGCGACUCUCAUGAGCUCACAUCUCAUCUACAACACACUUCGAACCAUUGGUGAUGCACAAUCCGUGAGUGCUUUAGCUGAUUUAGCAAAGCAAGCGCAGGUGUUCAAUCUUCAAAAUUGGUUACAUUCUGCUGAGGCCAAGUCUGAUCAGCAGCAAUUUUCUUCGCCAACCAACAUGGAUCCUUUUCUCCUUCUGAAGACCCUUGACUUCCCCCCACUCACUUGGGUUGUUCAAGGAUUUGACAUGGAAGUUUCCGAUGCACAUAGUCCUAUGGAUCAUCUGAAGAGGUAUUUGGAGGCUCAUGCUCAUAGUGGUGAUCGAACAAUAGACACCCUCUUCACUAAGGGAAUCUCUUGUUAUACUAUGCGAUCUCCAACGGACCUGAACAAACUCCGAGAAGAGGUUGGAGGUGAAGGUUUAGCAGCUCACACAGAACUCUAUUCACGUUUGCACCCUAAUUAUUUGGCCGAUGCUGCACGUCUACAAAGAGCAGUUUUCGGAAGCCUGAUAGCCAAAGGCGGGUUCAAUGGGAAAACUCUUGCCGGAAUCUUACCCCUUCUUGUUCACUACGUCAAUGAGGACUUUCCCUUGAAUGCUGAACGGAAAUUACGAGAUGUAUUGACAGAGGUCGUUAUUGAUGGUGCUUUCUCUGGUGGAGCCCAGUAUUUUCAAAUGGCCAUGCAGAAUCCCACGUUGCCACCUGGUGCGAGAGGUAAAGCAGGAGAGGCUAUUCUAUCAAAGCUUGAGCGAAACGACUCCUUGAAUUUGCUGGUCUCAACAGCUUUUACAGCCAAAGAACUUGAAGGCAUCAUGUCUGCUGCAGAGACUAAGGCCGUUGAGUAUUGUAAACAGCGUUGCGUCGGAGUUCCUACAGGGCGAAUAGGUCCAACCUGCAUUGCCCAACUUGGGGCAAAAAUUGGUCGAAUGAAACCGAAAUACAGGGAGGAAAAUGAGCGUCGUGUGAAGCAAGUGUUAGUGGAGCUAGGUGACGACCUACGAUUGUCUGCUGAAAGAGAAGUGGAAGAGCUGCAUCUGCCAAUGCGUGAUGCUGACAUAGAGCGCCUAUGCAAGCAAUGUCAGAAUAGGGUACUCCAAGGAUAUGAGUCUCUAGUAGGUCCUCAUCGUGGGAGCAACUUGUAUAACGAAGCUCGUUCACAGUUCAUAUCCGCCAUACAGACAAAGUGCGACAAGGUCUCGUUGAUUAACUCGGAAAAGAUAACCAAUCUAUUGAACAACGCUAAAGUAGCUUAUCAAGAAGCAUACGGAAGUACCAUUCAAACAGGUAUUUUGGGAAGUGAUGGAGUCCAGGAAGAUGGUCACCAAAAGGACUACAAGAGAAAAGAAGAAGCACCUAUUCCUCCUAAAAGACUUCUGGAUAUUCACAAGGCCGCCAUCAAGGCUGGACAAGAGGCUUUUGAAAAUUUUGUGAAGGCUGCAGGGCUCCCAUGGGUUGGUCCAGGAGAUAAUCGUUACGACUUUUACUUGUAUACAAGUUUGCAAUAUUCCAAGAAGCAGUACGAUAAGCUCCGGGAGGAAAACGAAAGAGUGAUCUUAGCCUACGUUGCGAUGCGAGCGGCAAAUUUGUCUAUGCAGUUCAAGGAAGCAGUGGCCAAUAUCACCCCCUUUCCGGACAACGAUGAAGUCCUUUCCGCAAAGGCAGAUCAGUUAUCAAAAAUAACUCUGGAGGAGUUCGCUACUACUGUAAAAGAUUACGUAAGCGUAAGUGGAGUAGAUGAUCAAAGAAAAGAUUUGAUCUCUCAAAUUCAGGAAACCCACGCUCGCUUUCUCAAGAAGAACACUGCAUUGAUGGCGGCAUUCUGUUAUGAUCCUCUUCAGGAAGCUUACAGGGAACUCCGGAUGCAGGAGUGUGAGUUGAACUCCAAAAACAUAUGGAAGACCCGGACAUGGUGGUCUCGAAAGUGCCUGUGGCCAGGACCUCGUUAUACUUUUGGGUUCAAGUAUGCUGCGUUCUCUGCUGCACAGAAACAUCUGGACAGGGCACAGGCUGCGCCUCGCAAGGGGGGCAAUGAUGUUGGUGUAGUCCUCAGCCCUGCGACACGGAACAAGGUUAUUGAAUCGUGGGUUGAACACGACUUGGCUCGUUUUUCCACAACAGUUUUCUUCAACUUCAGUCUGCUGAGCGCCAUCUUAGUGAUUCUCAUAACCUCUGUAUCGUGGCUAUUUGGACGGUUGGGUUUGAGCCAUAGCAGCAAGAAGCCCCCAAUCAGAAAGCCCAUGAGUUCGCCUUCGCCCUUAAAGAAGCCUCCCAUGGAGUAUUCUCCUUACAACAACGGCAGCGCUUUCUACCCACGUUCCCCUAACUUUUACCAAUAGAAUGAGGACCACUGUGUUCAAGAGAUCUCUAUUGACUACCCUGUUUCACCCGAUAACAGUUCCCUCUUUUUUCUCACAGGCAUGAAAGACUGGUCUACCAGCCUUAGUUAUAACCUAGUUGUCUGUACUGCUCUCUGUGGUGAUUUAGUUGUGCGUCUCGGGUCUAAGGAUACGGUCUGGUGUUGGUUACCUCUUUUUCAUUGCAGUGUACCAUUUCAGAGUAGUCACUCCGGCUGGAAAGUGAAUUAGUGUAGCAAAAAGAGUGCUAGGAAGGUUAGAUGCAUCUGAGUUUUUUCGAAAUUGUCAGAAACUUCCAUCAGUUACAAAUUGAUGUGUGGAAGGUACAUAUUUGAGUGGCCUGGAAGAAGUUUGUGUGGCUCUCCAAUAGGUUUAUCUCUACGAGAAGACAGAUCGAUCGAUCUGAACCUUUGAACAGAUGUCAAUUAUUGAUGAUGUAUCAUUAUUCAGUUUCUGUGGCUCUUCAUCCUCUUGAGCUUGGAACA